AUGGCGCCGAAGAGACGAUCUUUGAAAUCAAGGCAGCUACCACCCACCACUAUACCCCUUGCAGAUUUCUUCUUGGGUACAGAUUUACAAUGGUUUGGGAACAUCUCCGUUGGCACCCCACCGCAACCCGUAUCCGUUGUCUUCGACACAGGAAGCGUCACUCUGGAAUUCACCAGCACGCUAUGCGGAGCAGCGUGCAGCAAUCAAAUCAAAUUCGAUCCGACAAAGAGCAGAACCUUUGUCGACGGCGGCAGGACAAGCUCGAUCACGUUCUCGACUGGUGUCGGUGUAGACCCAGUCGUCGGAGCGAAUUACCGAUUAACGCUGAGAAGUGGCCGCGACGUCGUUUCUGUUGGCGGGCUAUCUGCAGGCACAGUAGAUUUGUCCCUCGUCACAGACCAGACUCCCAAAUUCGCCAUCGAUCCGUUCAGCGGCAUCCUAGGGAUGGGAGCCACGGCAGUGAACGUCUUUGGCGGUCUCGUCAACCAGGGACUUCCGUCUUUAUUCAGCAUGUUCCUUACGCCCAAUGCGGUAGGAGAAGCAGAACUCACUUUUGGGGGGAUAGACAAUACGAAAUUCCAAGGCCCUCUAACCUUCGCGUCUCUCCCAAGCACCUCUGGACGUCUAUGGGAACUCCCCUCUCCACAGAUAUCAGUCAACGGCAGAACCACCACAACGUUGAGACAGCGCCGAACUGUCAUUUUCGACAGCGGCACCAGCAACAUCCUUUUCUCCACCGCAACAACGGAGGCCAUUUACGCCCUCAUCUCCCCCGAUAUCAAACCCAACCCUGCUGAGCCUGGCGCAUACGGCAUUGCCUGCAAUCGCAUCAACACGCUACCCGCCGUCAUUGAUAUUGGGUUCACAGCCCAGAAUGGUCAACCCUUCAACUUGACCAUCCCCAGCACCGAGUUGAACGUCGGUCCAUUUGCCAACGAUCCGACGUUGUGCCAAACCUUGAUCAACGCCUUCGAUGGACUUGAUUUGGUCGGUGGAUCAGUUUUGAAGCAUUACUACAGCGUCUGGGACAUUGGAAACAGGCGAAUGGGCUUUGCACCGAACGGGCUAUAG